AUGAGUGAAAAAAAGGAGUAUUCGGCAGGAGCUGUCAAGAAUUGGUUCCAGAACCUGGAUACUCCCGACACGCCAGCCAACGAAACCGAAUUAAGCACAGUCGAGGCGUUAGAGAAGUUACUCUUGCCGGAAAUUGAUACCCAACAGCGAAAGAAAUUCCUAGAAGUCCUAGGCACUGGGGAAGACAAUGCGAACUUGCAAGAGCAACAAUGGAAAGUUACCUCUAUGCACCGGGCUCUGGCAAACAAAUUUCAAGAAAUUGGCAUGGAAAUUAAAACGGACAAAGACGUCUUGAACAUGCUUCUGAAAGAUGAACAUGAAAAGGCUGAAAAGGAUGAAAAAUUCUUGGCAUAUCUGUGUGCCUGUGGAUGGGGGGGAUUCAACAUUCUACACACCAUCCUCAACCCGACUAUAUAUGAAAACAACUGCUUCUCUAUUGAUGCUGUAAAGCCUCUGAUCAGAUUUCUUCUACACAUUCAUCCAGAUCUGCCCACGGGAAAAUCAACAGACGGAAAGAACCAGCCACCUAUAUUUGUGGCGCUUCAAACCUACCGAAACUCUAGCAACAAGACGAAGGACAGUAAUCAGACGUUGGAGUUUAAAUCAUCUAUCAAGGAAAGUAUUAUCCGCUUUCUAUGCGAGACCGACGAUAAUGGAUUGGGUUCAAAAAUGGCCAUCAGAUCUCUGGCACAGAUGGUCGAGGGCAACAAGGACAGCUGCAACGCGAUCCAUAAGAUCAUCUCGAGCGCCGACUUUAAAAUCUCUGAGGCCGUACUGACGGAAUUGAGAAGUAUCAUGAUUUCAGAGGGACAACACAGUGGAAACGAGAUAUGUUGUUUGGAAACGCGCGAUGGUCAGGGCAGAACAUGCCUGCAUAUAGCACUCACAGCCCCCCUGAAUGAACGCAGCAUAUGGUGGGCUGAAAGACUAUCCGAGCUUCUCCCUGAUCUACUUAAAGCUACAUGCCCAUCAGCCAUCAAGAAGCAGGACAACGAUAAGGAGCAGCUUACGCCGCUGCAAUACUUCGCGGAGCAAAGGUCUCAAAAAGAAAGCGACGGUGAACUCAAUUUGACACUUAACGACUUGGAGGCCUUUUUAAAGCGCCAGUGCCUGAUAAAUUUUAAGAUUGACACCUGCAAGAGCAUUAUGUAUGGGAAAGGCGCCGCGAAAGAGAUUUUUCUCACACUCGACGAUGACAUCGUCUCUUGGGAGUCUCUUGAGUCUCAAAAGUUACACUACAAGCUAGAUACGUCGCUCAAGAGAGUACACAUCUCCAACAGUGUUUCCAUUCAUUGGGAUGAAUUUAGCUUGGAGGCUCGCAAGAUUGCAACAGGCUGGAAAUGCGCCGGAAACUUCGAUCUCUUUAUGGUUUUCUUUUGGCUAAAGCACGAAAUCGAUGUCAAGAAGAUCAUCGAGGUGGUUGUUGACGACGGAGCUGGAGGGGAGGAGAGCCCGAGCGAUGGUUCAGAGAUUGACAAAAAACCGCACAGCGACCAAGCUAUCAUCGAAUGUCUCAAAGGCCUAGCUGUCGAAAUUCUGAACUGGAAGCGAAUGGAUAUCCCUGCGGAAGUAAUUAUUAAAGGGGCGGGGAAAGACGUUAGGCGUCUACAUUUAUACUGCAGUGGUUCUCAGGCCGUGCUACAGAGCUGGGCAGAUUCGAAUGGCCUCUCGAAACUUGAGAAUGGUCUAGAAUCAUUCGAUUGGGUCAAUGAACACGCGAAAGAGUUUGCGGCAGAUUUGAAAAAAAAAUUUGAGGAAUUAAACCCAGGGAAAACACCCCUGGUUGUCGAUUAUAAAAUCAUCAGACCCAAGAAAGCGCUUGGGGCUAAAUCUGCUGAAUCGGAGGUCAAAAAUCGGGACCAACAGGGAUUUGAAGAGCAAGAUUGGCUGAAGUGUAUGGACGAGUUUGCCGAUAUUAUGGAGGCAGUUGAACAGCAGCCCGACUCCGCCAGCAAAGAUAUCCAAAAGUCAACACACCCCAUCAGAGUCGCCCUGAUCGACGACGGAGUCAAGACGAGCUAUGCGGGGCUGGACAACAAUAUUCAUACAGGCAGGUCAGGUUGGCAGCAGCCGGAUUCUCCAACCAUCCAGACGGAAAAUAGCCAGUGGGAACACUUUCGAGGCUACAACAGCUCCCACACUGGGCAUGGCACCGUCAUGGCCUACUAUAUCAAGCGGGUUUGCCCAAGGGUCAGCCUCUACGUAGCAAAACUCGAUUGUAAACCUCGCCGAGGCGGUGCCGGCGGCGGCAGCGAAAAUGUCACCUUCUCCCUCGAUUCGGUUGCCCAGGCGAUCGAGUGGGCUGUGGAACAAGAGGUAGACAUCAUAUCUAUGAGCUGGGCCAUCGAAAAGGGCAGUACACCGCCCUACAAGCCGCUGCGGGAUGCGAUCGAAAAGGCUGUGGAAAAGAACAUCAUCCUUUUCUGCGCAAAUCCUGACAAUGGCACAGGCUAUAUAGAUAAUGGCACAUACCCAUGGUCCCUGGACAAUGCUCACAUCAUCUGCGUCGGCGCUGCUACUCAGAGCGGCGUCCGCUGGAAUCAGAUCGACGCCAAAGAUGGAUCAUGCAAAUACUUCUUCCCCGGCGUCGAGCUCGGCAUCCAGGUCGAGACGAAGCAGCGGAGGAAUCCGGAUGGGCCCCCCCGAGAAUGGCGCACGCAUAGUGGGAGCUCGUUGUCGUGCGCACUUGCAGCUGGGCUAGCGGCUAUGAUAUUGCAUUGCUCCUUGGUUACUGGAGUUGCGACAUUCGGCAGCCGGAAAUGGGAGUGGCUGCGGUCUCAUAAAGGCAUAUGCAGUGCGUUUGAUAGGAUACAAGUCGAUAAGAUGGCCAGUGGUUGGCUGCCAGUGCGUAGGUUUUUUGGGCCGGUCGUGGCCAAUCCGAGUGAAGACAGUGACAGCAAGGCGCAAGCGAUCCAGAGUCUGAUCAAAGACAUCUUCCAAGGAAUGCCAUCUCACUAG